CUGCCAAUUGUCACUUUGACAUUCACAAAAACAACAUUGAACUUUAUACAGCGAUACCAAGCUGGCGAGUCACAAUAAAUAUUUGCAAAUAAUUUAAUUUAAAUCAAAUUAUUACCUUCCGGGUGCUUUUGGUACAAUAACGAAUAGUGAGUGCAAUUUACAAAUGUCUUCAAAAUUUUAUUACUUUGGGUUUGGCAGUAAUCUGCUAGCGAAGAGAAUACACAUACAAAAUCCAACUGCUGUACGAAUAGGGCCUGGGAAGCUGGAAAACUACCAACUUGAUUUCUACACCAGCUCACGUACUUGGUAUGGCGCGCCCGCAACUAUAGUACCUAAGUCUGGCUCUUGUGUAUAUGGCGCCAUUUGGGAGAUUGAUAAUAGUAACUUGAAAGAUUUGGAUGACCAAGAGGGCGUUUCUCAUGGCAUUUACGUGCCUAUCACAGUGCCGGUUUUACAUCUGACCGAUGGCAAGAGCAUCGAGUGUCGUGCUUACCAUUUAACUAAUCAGCCAGAGGGUGAUGUGCGAUGUUUGAAACCCGAAGAGAUACCCUAUGAUCGGCAGCCUUCCAAAACUUACCUGAAAACUAUAGUGAAGGGUGCAGAAGAAACAUGUCUGCCGGCAGACUAUAUACAGUGGCUGCGCACCAUUAUACAUAACGGCAAAAUGGUUGAAGUACUAGAGAAGAAAUUGGAAUUGGAGGAUGUAGUUCUGUAAAGACGGAAAAUAGAGGAUUUUCGAAAGACGAAGAAAGAUAUUAAAUGCAUUUAGGGUGGCAGAGAUCUGAGAUUAAUUUUAUACUACAAAUAAUUCUUAUAAGUAUUAAAAUAUCUUGUAAUUAAUAAUAUCCUUGGAAAUGUCAUACUCGCUCGCGAGCAUGGAAAUAUUUAGAAAUACAAAAGUGAAUUUUU